AUGCACGGUUUUGGAAUAUUGGUGUUGAUUCUACCAUUGUGUUUGAGUGCACCAGCUAAUGUGCGUACAGUUGUUGUUACUGCGCCCGUCGAGAUAGUAACAGUAACGCAAGUGGGAACACAGAUAUACAGUGCCACUAGCUUAGAGGCCCCAACAUCUAGUUUAGCUGAAAGUUUUACCUCCAGUGCAAAGACAACCAGUUUAGAAUCCAGUUUAUCAACCAGUUUAUCCACCAGUUCGUCCAGCAGUGUGCCUACCCCUGGCAACUCAUACUAUAAUACCAUGUUUAAAGUCUGGCAAAGGUUUUGGGGAGACGGAAAGUGGAAUGAUAACGACUCCAACUGUAAUGACGGCUACACGUUACCUGUUUUGUGGACAAUGGCAGUGUUGGGAGAGGCGAUUGUCAAAACCGGCGAUGUUUCUGGUGUUGAAGUGACAUUAGAUAGAAUAAUGCAGUAUUAUGAUUCAGCUACCAAAGCGUUUCUGGCGUCGCCAAACGAUGGUGUUGAGGUUUAUUCCGACGACAUUGCGCAGCUUGCUUGGGUGUUUAUUGAUGCGUUUAAGAUGACUGGCCAACAAAAGUAUUUGGACCAUGCUAAAGAUAUUGUGUUGUAUAUUCAGACGCAACAGGGUCCUAAUGGUGGGAUUAUCUGGAAGAAAGAUAAGAAUUAUAUUGCGUCGAUUUCGACAGUCGAAGCUGCUUUGGCUGCAGUUAGGUUGUACGAUAUAACCCGCGACAACUCGUUGCUUGAAUUUGCAACUGAUUGUAUGGAUUUCAUGUUUAAGAAUUUGCAGGACCCCCAGGACAAGUUAUUUUUUGAUGGAACAGAUAAGAACGAUUUGGGUCAGGUGGAUAAGGGGAAGUUGACGUAUACGAUUGGGUGUUCUAUUAGCACGCUUGUGUAUUUGCACAAAUUCAGGGGUGACCAGGAUAUGUUGGACAAGGCGUUAGAGUUGGCGCUGGCAGCCACCAACCCUGGUGGUGCAUUCUACGAUGGGAACGGGAACUGGAACAAUAACUUAGAGUAUGUUCAUCUCUUGUUUGCAGGGUUUGCAGAUGCAUUUAGGUUGAGUGACCUGUUUGGACAGUAUAGGGAUGAAGUGGUUAAGCAAGGGAAUUAUAUCUACCAGUACUUGCAAGACCCCAAGGACCUGUCGUUGUACUUUACUCUGAUUGCAGCAUCUACACGUUCUACGUUUGACCGCUAUAGCAAGCUGUUUAGAGGCAGUUUUGAUGACGAUGACUCAGUGUACUGUAACAACGAUCCAUCGCAACAUGCCAAGAAGAAGUUGUUAGUAAAUGCUAGUGCUGUACAAAUUUUAUAUUUUAUGGCCAACUACUAA